UUCAGAAUUUGUUUCCCAGUUUCACUGCAUGAUGAUAAAAUGGCGAAUUACAUUAUUCUGUUGUUAAAAGGAAUAUGUUUUCUUCAAAUAAUGCAGGCGAUAUCCGCAACGGGUCACGUGAAUAUACAGGUACAGGUUCUUCAAUAUGACAACCCUUUAGGGACAUCAUUCCAUGGUUCAGACUUUACAUCACAGAGAAAAUGUUGUGAUAAAGGUCAAGUUACAGCAUGUAGUACGACAGACAUGUGCGACUCGUACUUUAUGAUCUGUGUUGGUGGAAUAGCAACCAGCGGUCAUAAUAGUCAUUGUAGUGGCCCGAAAGUUACAACAAAAGUCUUCAGGAAUGCUAACUGGUUUGGAGCAUCGCACGAUAACAUUUUGAGUCAGUCAUUUAAGUGGGAUAACUGGCAUGCGGGAGGCAUUGAAUAUGUGGUUAAUGUGAUGGAUCAAGACAGCGGUAAUGACGAGCUUAUUGAAAACUUCACAUCGACCAGAGCACUUACUGUUGGUUCCAGUUAUGAGAAUUCUACUGAACAUGUGUUAUCAUUUACAAAUUUUGUAAGUUUAGAUCUCGGUAUAAGGAUAUGGUGUCAAGAUGGAUACUCCGGCCCUGACUGUAGUCAUAAAUGUACCAACAACCCUUACAGUGUUUGUAUAAAAAAUCGGGCAUCGCUUCUACCAUCGUGCAAUGACGCAGACGUUUCUAGUUUUGCAUUUACCGGAACCUGGAAUUACAAAGCCGCAAACCUCCAGUUUCUACUAAUGAAGUUUGUACUACAAGAAAUCUGCCCUAAAGCACAUAAUGUACAUGUGCAGAUCGUGCAUUUUAGUGUAUCUGGAGCUGUCGAGUUCAAAGCUACGUGUGAUAAUGCUACUAUUAGCAGUUUAAUGUUCAGUACGCAUCUGUACAUUCUAAGCUUGACAAAUAAAGCUGCAUUGUCACAUUAUUUCCCGGGCAUUCCUUUGAAAGCACCAUCGGUUACACAGAAAAAUAUUAGAGGGGCAAACACAUAUAUGAUUUUGAGGGCGCUAAGUUAUCAUGAUUCGAGUUCGACAUGUAAAAGGCAAAGCUGCAAUGUACAGAUCACUGUCUGCAUAUAUCCGCAAAAAAGUUGCAUCGUCAUGUCAUCCAAAGUUUCUACCACGAACCUUGCGCUAUGCAGCGGUUAUGUGAUAGACCGAUCAUCAGCUGGGCUAGGACAGCCAGUCACAUAUUUCAUAGGCCUAACCUCAUUGACGAGUUUAAAUGUUGAAGUGAAAUAUAACGGACGGUCGAAAUGGCAUCAAAACAAUCAAAAUUUGCAGGCAUACACAGCUGGAGCAACACAUAAUGAAUCAACCAACUACCGAAUGACAAUAAAAUCCAAUGAUCAGCACCAGAUGUUAGUGUUGGAUAUGAUGGUGUGGUGUGCUUCAGGCUGGUAUGGAGAUCAUUGUCAACAUCUAUGCCACUCUACUAGAAAUAAAAUGUGCAACAAAGACGGAAAUCUUGUUUGUAUACAUGGGUAUGGUGGACAUUCCUGUUCAGAUAUAAACGAGUGUAGUGGUCAGUCCCCUUGCAAGAACGGUGGUACGUGUAAAAACACAAUAGGUUCGUUUAUAUGUCAAUGCCGGACGGGCUGGAUCGGGCCAACGUGUGAGGUCGAUAUAGAUGAAUGUGACCUAGGUUUUUGUACAAACGUCUCAUCUUGCACAAACAGCCCGGGAUCGUUUCACUGCAGAUGUAAUAGAGGAUUUCAUGGUAGACUAUGUACUGAUAGAAAUGAAUGCAAGGUUCCAAUGAAACUCUGCCAACAUGACAGCACAUGUCUGAAUCAAUAUGGAUCUUUCGCUUGCAGAUGCGGUAAAGGGUAUUCUGGAGCCAGAUGUGAAAACGACAUCGAUGAGUGUUCUUUAUCGAUAUGUAGUCGACAUAGUAACAAUUGUACGAAUUCUGUCGGCAGUUACAGUUGUGCUUGCGGCGCUGGUUGGGCAGGAAAACACUGUGAAAAUGAUAUUGACGAAUGUAAAAGUAAUCCCUGCAAAAAUGGAUCAUGCAGUAAUACAAUCGGAAGUUAUAAAUGCAAUUGUUAUCAAGGGUAUACAGGUAAACAUUGUGAAAAUGAUUUUGACGAAUGUUCCAUAGUUACGUGUGCAAACAACGGCACAUGUGUAAACCUACAUUAUCCUAAAAGAUACCGAUGUGAUUGCCUCAAGGGCUGGGAUCCUAAAAGUCGAUGUCGGCAUCAUACAGGUGUAUGUAAAGAAAUUCAUCCUUGUGUUCAUGGAAACUGCAGUAACAAAAAUGGAAAUUAUAUAUGUUCAUGUAACAAUGGCUGGACUGGCAAGAACUGUAGCAUUGAUUUAGAUGAGUGUAACUACCAUCCAUGUUUGCACAAUGGAACUUGUAUCAAUAGCAAAGGAGCAUAUACGUGCCAGUGUUCCGCAGGAUGGACAGGAAAGAACUGCUUGACUGACAUAAAUGAAUGUGCUACUCUUCAUCCUUGCAAAAACGGUGGUAAAUGCAAAAACGCAGACGGAGGAUAUAAGUGCGACUGUACUGCAGGAUGGACGGGGCAAAACUGCUCCGUGGAUGUGAAUGAGUGUGAUGUGCUAAAUCCGUGCCAGAAUAAAGGUUCAUGCGUCAACACGGUAGGAAAUUAUACAUGUCAGUGCCCUUUAGAAUGGAAAGGACAAAACUGUUCUUCUGAUGUCGAUGAAUGUGAUACGUUUCAUCCGUGUCAAAAUAAAGGCUCAUGCGUCAACACGGUAGGAAAUUAUACAUGUCAGUGCCCUUUAGAAUGGAAAGGACAAAACUGUUCUUCUGAUGUCGAUGAAUGUGAUACGUUUCAUCCGUGUCAAAAUAAAGGCUCAUGCGUCAACACGGUAGGAAAUUAUACAUGUCAGUGCCCUUUAGAAUGGAAAGGACAAAACUGUUCUGUUGAUGUCGAUGAAUGCGAAACGUUUCACCCGUGUCAAAAUAAAGGCUCAUGCGUAAACACGGUAGGACAUUAUACAUGUCAUUGUCCUGUCGGAUGGAAAGGGCGAAACUGUUCCGCUGAUGUCAAUGAAUAUGAUAUGUCUCAUCCGUGUCAGAAUGAAGGCUCAUACGUCAACAAGGUAGGAAAUUAUACAUGUCAUUGUCCUGUCGGAUGGAAAGGACAAAACUGUUCUGUUGAUGUGGAUGAAUGUGAUAUGUUUCAUCCGUGUCAGAAUGAAGGCUCAUGCGUCAACACGGUAGGAAAUUAUACAUGUCAUUGCCCUGUAGAAUGGAAAGGACGAAACUGUUCUGUUGAUGUCGAUGAAUGCGAAACGUUUCAACCGUGUCAUAAUAAAGGCUCAUGCGUCAACACGGUAGGAAAUUAUACAUGUCAUUGCCCUGUAGAAUGGAAAGGACGAAACUGUUCUGUUGAUGUCGAUGAAUGCGAAACGUUUCAACCGUGUCACAAUAAAGGCUCAUGCGUCAACACGGUAGGAAAUUAUACAUGUCAUUGCCCUGUAGAAUGGCAAGGGCAAAACUGUUCUUCUGAUGUCGAUGAAUGUGAUACGUUUCACCCGUGUCACAAUAAAGGCUCAUGCGUCAACACGGUAGGAAAUUAUACAUGUCAUUGCCCUGUAGAAUGGAUAGGACGAAACUGUUCUGUUGAUGUCGAUGAAUGCGAAACGUUUCAACCGUGUCAGAAUGAAGGCUCAUGCGUCAACACGGUAGGAAAUUAUACAUGUCAUUGCCCUGUAGAAUGGCAGGGACAAAACUGCACUGUUGAUGUCGAUGAAUGCGAUACGUUUCACCCGUGUCAAAAUGAAGGCUCGUGCAUCAAUACGGUAGGAAAGUAUACAUGCUAUUGCCCUGUAGAAUGGAAAGGACAAAACUGCACUGUUGAUGUCGAUGAAUGCGAUACGUUUCACCCGUGUCAAAAUGAAGGCUCUUGCAUCAAUACGGUAGGACAUUAUUCAUGUCAUUGCCCUGUAGAAUGGAAAGGACAAAACUGCACUGUUGAUAUAAACGAAUGCAAUAAUUCACUCUGCAAACAUAAUUCAACGUGUUAUAACCUUGACGGCGGAUAUACCUGCAUUUGUCCUCCAAACUGGUCCGGCAAAAACUGUGACAGCGAUGUGGACGAAUGCAGUAGUUCCCCAUGCAAGAAUAACGGAACAUGUUCUAACACAAACGGUGGGUACACCUGCAUCUGCUCUUCAAACUGGAAUGGCAACCACUGUGAGACAGACGUAAAUGAAUGCAAAAGUUCCCCCUGUAUAAAUAAUGGAACCUGUGACAAUAAGGCUGGAUCUUUUAGCUGCAAAUGCACGCAAGGAUGGGAAGGCAGAUAUUGCGAAAGCGAUAUUGACGAGUGUAGAGAUACUCGCAAUCCAUGUGAAAAUGGAGAUAUAUGUAGUAAUACCAACGGGAGUUUUGUAUGUAAACAUGAUUCAACAUCCUCAACGGUGCCCUUAACGUCAUAUGCUUUAACAACUCCAGCUAUCACACCGUCACAGACAAGCAGCAUAACGCCUGCAGCUACCACUGUGACAAACAGAACAAACACAACGACUGCAGCUUUAAAACCACCACAAACAAGCAAUACAAUACCUGCAGUUUCCGCAUCGACACAAACAAGAACUACAGUGCAUGCAGCUACCACUUCGACACAAACAAGCAGUACAUCAUCUACAGCUACAACUUCGACACAAACAAGAAGUACAAUUUCUGCAGCUACCACAUCGACACAAGCAAGUAGCACCAGACUGAGAGUUACUACAAUGACCCGCUUUGUUCGACUGGAAGAUGCCAUCCAUCCAAGAUGCACAAGUUUAGGGUGGAAUAUAUCCCUGGACAUGUCGAUACUUACACAGCUAUAUCCGGAGAUAAAGUCCGAUCAAAUUUACUUUGGUGACAACACUUGUCGAGGGAAACUGGUAGGAGAUCAGCUAGUAUUCCUUCAGGGAUUCAGAGACUGCGUUACAGCCGAACGGAUAUCAGGCAACACGAUAUUAUACGAAAAUGAAUUAUUCUAUGCAAUCUCCGACCCUAUACAUCCAUUCAUCAUCCGACAGUACAAAUGGAAAUACGGUGUUGAGUGUGACAUCAGUCGUAAUGAGGCUACGUCAUCGCACGUGCAUCACAACGUCGAAUCACAUCAUUCUGUAGUAUCUGGUCAUUACAGUAUAAAUUUGACAUUCUUCAAAGAUCCGAGCUUUAUGAAUCAGCUUCCUGGAAAUCCUGUACAAACGAAUGUUGGUGAUGACGUCUAUGUCAAGGUUUUCACAACGGCAAACGACUGGAAUAUUAAAAUGAGGUUGCAUACGUGUUACACGAAACCGACGGAGGCUGCAGCAAAUAUGGUGUACUACAUAAUCAAGGAUGGAUGCGAAGUAGACAGUAAUACUCAUAUUAUGUCCCAGUCAACACACGAGACGAGAUUCGUGUUCCAAGACUUUGUGUAUUUCUCAAACAGAGAAGGUCUCAACAUUCACUGUAAUGCCACGUUUUGUGAGACAAAAGACUUUUCUCCAGGAUGUGCACAAUCUUGUACAUCCCACGAGAAUCAAGCUCUUAUUGGAAAAUAGGCUCCGACUGCAUACAUGCGUCACAUAUUGCAAUGUUAUUAUGAAAGUGUAUAUCCUCUACAUUUAAGACUUGUUCAGAUCACAUGACAAAUGUUAUAAAAUUUGAAAGUUUUAAAUAUUUGAAAGCUUAUGUCAAUGUUGCCAAG